AUGUCGCAUUAGGAAUCAGUACAGAGCUAAGAUAUGCUAAGGAAAUAGAUAAACCUUUAAGUGGAUAAUAGGUAUCUACUACCAUUUAACUUUUAAGAGCGGACAUUAAGAAACAGCUUGAUGAAAAAAUGUGGAUUAAAUAAGAGUUGAGCUCAGAGAAAGUAUUGAGGAUGAAGGAUCCGUUCGUUCUUCCUAGACAAGAAUUUCAGGAAGGGUUGUAAAGAUUUGUGGAAAAGUUUGGAUGUAAUCCCUUUUUGAGGUGUUUCUUAAAAUACACCAUAGAGUACGUGAGAUGGAACAUUGAUGAAUCUAAUGUAGCUGAGUAUCUGCUGCAAGGAGUGACACCAUUCAAUGAGAUAAUAAACCAAAGUGAUAGAUAAAAUAAUUUAAAUAAGGAGAAGGUAUAAUGUCGAAAAUAAUUAGGAUAAUUAAGGGCAUGAGAAGUGA